AUGGAGGGUGAUUCUGACGCUCGGAAGCGCAAGAGGACGUCUCACGCGUGUGACUCUUGUCGCCACCGCAAGGUCAGAUGUGAUGGCCGCCAACCGUGUGCGACCUGCUCUUCGACCGGGGAAGACUGCCUCUACGGGGCCGAGGCAAUCCCGAAGAGCAAGUCGGAUUUGAUCCUGGACGUGGUGGUCCGGUCGGAAAAUAUGCUACGCGAGCUGUCUGGUCACCUGCGAACAAUCCUCGAUCCAACCAGCCCAGUCGACCCUCGAAUCGCCUCGUCCCCAGUGGCUUUCUUCUCCCCGAGUACCAUCGACUCCAAUCAUCGCCCCCUUAGCUCAGCAGAUCAGAUCUCCAAUGCGAUACUUUCCCAGUUCCACUCUUCCACGACCGAGUCAAUCCUGGCAUGGCCACACUUCAAAGACUUCCACGCCCUACGCCGUAACUACCGUGGGUCUGUGUUCCACCUCGAGAGCCAACGCCCCUCAUUCAAGAGCCGCUGUUCCGGCAUACUGCCCUUCGCGAGCAAAGCCGAGCUUGACUCCAUCCUGUCGUCGUUCGAACGCAAUGUGAACUUCUGGUAUCCCACCCUUUCACGGUCCACCCAAACCGAGAUUGGCCUGCGCGUUCUGUCAAACGGUCUGGAGCAAGACGUCGACUCCUGCCUAGCCUUGCUGGUUCUGGCGCUGGGUUGUGCCAGUCAGCUUAUCACGGUUGCCUCCGAUUCUCAAAGUGCUGCUGCCGAGAGCGAACAGGAGCAUCAUUGGCAGCUGAUGAGCAGCUUGUACUUCAGUCACGCCUUCAAGAGGAUAUACUUGGCUCAGGGCGAAUGUACCGCAGAAGCCGUGCAAUGCCUCUUCUUUACAGCCCUGUUCUUUGCCUUUCUUCAACGUCCUUUGCAAGCCUGGUCCUUUAUUAGCGCAGCAGCCACCAAAUGCCGUCUGCUGCUUUCAUACACUGCAAUCGACGCCGAUACCGAGCAACUCGAAUGCCUUCGCCGCAUCUUCUGGUCGUGCUAUAUCCUGGAAAGUGAUUAUCUUGCCGAGCUUGCUGCUUUGCCGCAGACCGGCAUCGCGGACAUUGAGUCGUCCAUCCCAUUGCCAGGCGACUACCACACUCACUCGUCUUCGGCUAUGCAAGAGCAGUCGUCGCUGUACUUUCUCGCAUGUAUAUCCAUGCGCCGUCUUCUCAAUCGCGUGCACGACCUCCUGUACGCGCGCAACAAUGGCGUCGCGUCCGACAUCAACCAGUUCCCGUCUGUCGUUGCAGAACUCGACCAUCAACUCGAGAAAUGGAAAGACCUCUUGCCUCCGCCAUUCCAGUUCGUCGUUGACCGUGCGCCUGCUCACUCAACUGAGGCAGGGUUCCUACGACAGCGGUAUUUGACAUGCAAGAGUCUAGUUUACCGGCCCUACCUAACCUGGGCAUUGUCGCUCACCACCCGAGUCGAGUCAAUACCACCAAGAGUUUAUGAAGGAUGCAAAACUUGUCUUGAGGCUUGUUGUCUUCAUGCACAGAAUCUAAGGGCUUUUCCUCAGACAGUGAUGGUGGAUACUUGGAUCUGCUCGCUCUCGAUGGCCUCAGUUAUGCUUAUCGCCCUUGCGACCGCAGCAGAAAGCUCUCUCCAGGGGUGUCUUCCAGAAGAUGUUACCGAGAUAGGGCCCAAUCUGACCAGGAAUCUGACACGAUGGAUGCAAGUUCCGGGACAGGGCGUGUCGCCGAGCGUGCUGCAAAGUGUCAGGCUCAUUGAAGAUGCCAGUGUAUCUCUUCAGUCGAUCCUCAAUGCGUAG